AUGGUCGCCAAAUUCGCAAUCUUCUCCUGCCUGGUGGCUGCGGCGGCUGCUGUUGCCGUCCCCAUUGUGCCAGUAGCUAAACUGGCUUACGCCGAACACGAAGCCCCCGCACACUAUGACUUCGAAUACUCCGUUCACGACGACCACAGCGGAGACAUCAAGCAACAGAAGGAGUCCCGCGCCGGAGACGUCGUCCAGGGCUUCUACUCGCUGGUGCAACCCGACGGUGUCCACCGCAUUGUCGAGUACACCGCCGACAACGAACACGGAUUCAAUGCUAACGUCCGCUACGAGGGACAUCCUAUCGCUCAGCCCGCCAAGAUCGCUUACGCUGCUCCCGUACAAAACAUCGCGUACGCCGCUCCCGUCCCCAAGCUCGCCUACUCUGCCCCUGUAACUAAACUAGCGUACCCAGGAUCCAUCACUAAAGUAGCCUACGCUCCAGCUCCAGUGACCUACGCCCAAUCUCCUUUAACCAAGAUUGCGUAUCCAGCUCCCCUAGCCUACGCUCAGGCUCCGAUCACCAAAGUCGCGUACGCACCUGCUCCAGUCGCCUACGCCUCGGCCCCUGUCGCCAAAGUCGCCUAUAGCGCCCCCCUCGGACACGUCAGCUUCUCUUCCCCCGGCAUUACCUACCAGCACUAA